AUGGACCACAAGGGCCCAUGGCGCUGGGAACCCGGGAAGACAACAUUUGAUUCACAGUACAAAUUGGCAGCUAAAACCAAAAUCGAAGGGGUGGGAAGUGGGAGAGGGGUCAAGAAUUACAAAUCUUUCACAACAAUAUCCAGAAGUGAGACUAUAAUUACGUUAGAACUAAAUUGGAAAAUUUGA